CAGUUAAAUAAUAAUAUAGACAGGAAGGCAUGCUCUUCUGUUUUAUAUUAUUAGAUAUAUUUAUUUAAUCCAGGAUUAAUAAGAUUGGAACAAAUGGAAGCAGAGCACUUGUUGCUCUUUACAUAUACAAAAGUGAAUAAAUUAAGAAUCAUGCUUAUCAAGUAAACUGAAACAUUUCCUCUUAAAGAAAUGUUUGAAUUGAAAAAUGUAUUCUGUUUUCUUUGUAUUUUUAACCGGAGUCGUAAUCGGUCUUUACUUCGCCUCAAUAGCUAUUCAAAUUCAUACCACAAAACCGAGAACUGUUCCUAACAAUCGCCACUAUAUUAAUGUUAAAAAUAAUAUAUAUGAUGAUUGGUUCCGCAAAUCAACGAAUUUCAAUAGAAAGCAAAUAUCAAAUGACGAUCUUUUAUAUGGACAUGAAGAAUAUAGCUUAGAGUCAUCGUUUUUAUUUAGCCAAGUGCCCAUUCUCUGCGCAAUGAAAAUUAGCAAAAUUAAAAAUGCAAUUGCUGCAAAUAACACAUGGCUAAGACAUUGCAAUGAACAAAUGUUUUAUGAAUUGCCACCUAGAAAUAUCAGACAUGCUAAUAAUUCACUAAAAUUCAACAAUUCGGUAUCUUCAUCUUGGCAUUUGCUGUGCAAUACAAUAAUUCACAUACAAAAUACUUAUAAGAAUAAAGUAAAAUAUGUUAUUUUUGUAAAUGAUGAUACAUUUGUGAUCCCUGAAAAUUUGAGAAUGGUUUUAGCAGGUUUCAAAAAAGAGUUUUACGUUUAUAUGGGUCAUGCUAUUAUUUUUUGGGGUGUCACAUACAAUGUAGCGCAGUCUGGAAUUGUUUUGGGAAUGAAUGUUAUUGAAAGAUUAUCACAUAAGUUUAAAAACAAUGAAGAAUGCCAAAAUAGUGGAAAAUAUUGGAAACAGGAAGAUUGGUAUUUAGGAAAGUAUUUGGCUUCAAUGAAAAUUUUUCCUGUAAAUCCUAAUAAUAUAAAUUCUAAUAAAAAUCUUAGUAGAUUUCAUGGAUACAGUCUUGAACAAUCAAUGUUUCCUGGAUCACAAAAAGUACUCAGCAAAUAUUAUAAAAACUGGAUUCAUCCCGCAGAUUGCUGCAGUUUCGAAACAAUUACAUUUAAUGCAGUUGAAGCUGAUAAAAUUUACCAAUACAAUUAUUUAAUAUAUGGCCUACAUUUAUUUACCUCUGGUAAAUUUGGAUUAGUUCCUGCAUUUAUACCUUUAACUGAGGAACAAGUAUGGCGUUCGGCUGUUAAAGAAUAUUCAGAAACUUUGGACUCUGAAGGAUUUAUAUCAUCUGUACAGUAUUCAAAGAUGUGGGAAAAGACAUUAAAUAACAACUCCAAUGAUAUAAGAAAAUUGAAAGGAAACUAAUUUCUAAUUUACUACUUUAAAUUUUAUAGAUGUAAUUGAUUAACUUUACAGUUAUGCUAACAUUCUAUGCUUUACUUUUUAAAAUAUCUUAUAGAUUAUACAUAUAUGAAUUAACAGGGUUGAGGAAAUACUAGGUGUUUCCUUAUUUAUUAAAUUGAUUUUCUUAUUGAUAAAAUUUAUUUCGGCCUUAUGUAACAGUUCUUUGAAA